AUGUUAAAACAUAUUGUUCAUUCUUAUCAUGGAAAACUUCAUACAUUUGAUGAUUUUUAUCGUAAUGAUUCAAAUCCAAUAAAAUCUCGUUCAUCAUCUAAUGAAUUAACAUCAACAAAUAAUUGUUCAUCAUCAUCUCCAACAUCUCCAUGUUCUCCAAAUAGUCCUCCAUAUACAUUUUAUAAUGUUUUUUCUGAUUUUAAAUUCUCAACAACACCAGAUGUUGUACCUGAAGAAGAUGAAACUGAAGAUGAUAAUGAAAUAAUUGAACAAGAAUUCAAUUCUAUACCAGCUGUUUUUUAUCUUGAAGAUGAACAACAUAAUCAACCUCAAAUAUCAUCUUCAUCUUCUAAUCGAUCUUCAUCAAUUCUUAGUCGUUUUCGACAUUCAAAUAAUAAUAAUAAUAAUAAUCAUCUUAUGGUUAAACAAAAUUCAGUUAAUGAAAAUCAAAUGAAUUUAACAAAAUUACGUAAAAAUGAUUUUAUUGAUUUAUCAAUAAAUAAACAUCGUUUUCUUAAACGUUCAGAAACAAUAACUCAUACAAAUCGUUUAAUAGAUAAAAAAUUAUCUGCUAAUGAUGAGUUUCCAGAUUUAUCAUUUUCACCAACAAAUGAUGUUGUUAAAAAACAUCGUUCAUUUGUUUCAUUAUUGAAUUAUUUUCAUCAUAAUCAUCAUCAAAAUUUAUCAACAAAAAAUUCUGAUAAAUCAAAUUUGGAAAAUUUUAAUUUAAAUAAUAAUGAAUUUUCACGUCCAAAAAUUAUUAAACAAAAAACUUUGCCAUUAAAUAAUGAAGUCUAUACACCGGUGAAUAAAUCUCCUCCAAAACAAAUUUUACCAAAACUUGCAUCUCUAUUUCAUCGUCCAUCAUUUGAACAGCAUAAAUAUCGUGUAGGAAAUUUAAAAGCUCGUCUUCAUCAUAGAAGACAUUCACCACCAUUAACAAAUAAUGCACUUAAAUUUCAAUGUCAAGAUUCUAAUGAACUUAUAAAAGCAAUAAAACGAUCAGAAGGUCAACAAUAUCAUGAUAAUGAUAAUAUUCCUUGUCAACGUCCUGUUAAACCAGUAAUUAUGAAACGUGUUCAUACAUGGCAUAAUGCAUUUGAUUUACGACCAAUUGAUCAUUUAAAAGAAUUUAUUUGUGACUCAUCAUCUUCAUCUGAUGAAGAACAUCCAUUAGAAUUUUAUCCAAAAGUAAAUCGAUUAAUUGAUAAUGAUUUAUCAUGGCGAAAGGUUGAUGAUGAUUAUGCAUCAGAUGAAUCUAGUCAAUCAUCUUCAUCUUCAUCAGAAAAUGAUAGUCGAUUAACAAAAAAGAAAAAAGAUCGACAAAUAUCUGUAAAUUUUCUUGAAUCACUUUCAAAAUACGUACCUAUAGAAGAUAAACAUAUUGAUGCUAAACAAUAUUUUACUCGAUCAGGAUUUAAAAAUAAAAAAAAACGAGAAGAAUUAGCACAGAAACUUUUUUCAAUAUUUGAUCAAGAUGUUUUUUCUGCAAAAUUUUCGGACAAAGUAACAGUUGUUUGGAGUGGUCGUUUAACAUCAACAGCCGGUCAUUGUACGACUCGACAUUCUACUCAAACAGCUAUUAUCACACUUUCAAAUAAAGUUUGUGAUUCACCUGAACGUUGUCGCGAUACACUUUUACAUGAAAUGUGUCAUGCAGCUGUAUCAUUAAUUGAUGGUGUUAUGGAUGAAGGUCAUGGUCCAUUAUGGCGUAAAUGGACACGUCAUGCUGAACGAUGUUAUCCUUACUUACCUGCAAUUUCAGUUAAACAUACUUAUGAUAUUACUUAUAAAUUUGUUUAUCGAUGCAUUCAAUGUCAAUACGAAGUUUAUCGCCAUUCAAAAUCACUCGAUAUUGAAAUUGAUUUUUGUGGAAAAUGUAAGGGAAAAUUUCAAUUAUUAUUAAAUAAUAAUCAAACAAAUGAAGUUCAAACACCAAAGAAAACAUUAAAUCGAUAUAAUUUAUUUAUAAAAGAACAUUUUCAAACAAUGAAACAAGCUCAACCUCAUUUAUCAACACCACAAUUAAUGAAACAUUUAAGUCAAGAAUAUAAAAAGAAAAUACAACAACAAAAUGAUAUUGAUUUACCUGACUUAGAACAGUUAAAAAUUUAA